UAAAUAAAUCCCAAUUUAAUAUUUAAUUUUAAUUCAUGAAGGUAAAUAGCGGUAGUCUUUAUUUCCCUAUGUGAAGAGGUUUUUUUUGUUUUGCGUAGGAUAUUUUUUAAUACAUUUUUUCAUAUUGCCGAAAGCUUUGAUGAUAAAAAAGUCCUUUUAUGUUAUUUAAAAGCAUCAUUCUCAAUUCGUUAAGUCGACAGGAUACUUGUACGAUAUUUUCCGUAUUUCAAUGGAAAAAUUCUUAAGUUGGCAAUAUUAAAUUUAUGCUUAAGAUACACUCGUUUCAAACUUUCUAUUGCUAUCUCGUAUUUUUCUAUUUUUGUUCCUAUUGCUGUCUCUUGUUUUCAGUACAUUUCUUUGUUCUAUGUUCUAUCAUGCUACAAAUUCAAUGAUGCGAAUAUGGAACAUGACCUUCGAAAGUGAUGUCCAAUCUUAGUUGGAAUCGAGGAUCGAUCGAUCCACAAUUGCAAUUUUUUUACAAAGAUACAUCGUUUAUGUAGAAUUUUAGUACCGUACCCACAACAUAAAUAACCAUUAGAGAAAAAUCUUUAUGCACGUAAUUAUGAGCAUGUUGGUAAAUAAGGUAUAUUUCGAUAACGGACUACAGUUCGCGCUACAUUAUUAUUUUCAUGUGCAGUUUUUUUUUUAAAUAUAAAACAUCAUAAUGUUUAUAAAAUUAUGUACCAAGGCUCGUAUUUUGAAUAUUAUAUUAUUAUGGAUACAGUAAAAUACAACGAAUUUUAAGAAGGUAGCAAUUUUUCUAUCUAACUUUUUUUUUAUUAUUCUUACAAACUCAAUUUUAACGAAAUCGAUUGAUUACAAAACUAGUACAACCAAGCCCUAAAGCGCGCGAUAUUCAAUUAUUUUUUCAAUGUUCAUUUGCAUUCGAAUUUAUCAUGGCUGGCCUCCUUUUGUAAAUAUAUAAAAAUAUACACAAUAAAAUGGAGGACGAGGAGUUUGUAGGUUGCAUCAGUUGCAUGAACACCAACGAUUUAUGCGACCUAUUUGCUUUGUACGCGGAAAACACGGAAACUUAUGCGAAAAUGUUUGAAACCUGUUUUGAUUUAAAGGUACCAAAUCAUCUGAAAUACAUUUGUUCGGACUGCGUGGAACAUUUGGAGAAGGCUCUCGCAUUCAAAGGGCAGACUACCAAAAGUCUGUCCAUGUUACAACAUGUCAAAGAUGAAGAAUACCUAGACGAGUCGAUUCUAGAAGAAGCGGAAGGCAGUUCCAGCGAGGGUAAGAAACUGGUGGUGCUGAAGAACGUGGGCUCCGAUGGAGAGGAUGAUGAUCUGGAUGAAGAUCUAGACGAAGAGCACGCUAUCCAGGCUCUGGACGAGACCACCUGCAUAUACUGCGACCUUCAGCUGCCAACAGUUGAGGAUGUCCAUGACCAUAUCAGGACAGUUCAUGAGCUGGAACCCCGGACUGGUCUGCCGCUCCGGGAGUGUUCCCUCUGCGGAGUUGCUCUGAGAGACCCUGCGGACCAUCAUAACAGAUGUCAUGGCGUCAAAUCAGAUUCAGAUGGCCGGAAGUACCCGUGCCACUUCUGCGAUAACAUCUAUGUUAGCAAGAAGGCUUGCUUCACACAUCUGCGGAUGAAACAUGGAUUAAAACUAUGCAACGAACAGACACCGAAAUACGUGCCACGGGAACGUAAGAAAUGCCACAUGUGUAAUAGGGAUUUCAGUCAGAAACAAAUACUGAACAAGCAUCUGUGGAAGGCGCAUGGAUUUGAGGUGGAAAAGCGCAAAGCAUUCAUAUGCCCGCUCUGUGACGAGCGUGUCAGCUACGGAUCUAACUUCAGCGCGCAUCUGUUGCACGCGCACCGCGUCCACGAGCAAGUUGAACAGUUGGAGUUCCACAAUAUGGAUGAUUUCAUGCUAUUCAAGAGCGCAAUACAAGAGAAAACUAAGUACCGCUUUAGGAAGACGACGGCUAGCAAGCAGACCAUUGAAGGAGUUCGAUCACAUUAUAUGUGUAGCCAAUCGGGAGUGUAUGUGUACCAGGGUAAAGGCAAGCGCCCGGCCCCCGAGCGUCAGAUAUACAAGACAGGCAAAGCUUGUCCAGCUCAUAUGAUAGUCACGGAGACCAUGGAUCGGGUCCUAGUGACCUUCUACAAGACACACGUGGGUCACGGCCCCUGCCCUUACUUUGAGCCACGCGAACCGAAGAAAAUGAAGACUGAUUCUCAAAGUUCCAAUUCAAUUGUGAUACAUGAAACUAUGAAGUCGGAUCUAGAGCCUAAAGAUGAGAGUGACACAGUAGAGGAGUCGUCGCUGAUGUGUGACGCAUGUGGGAUGUCGUUUGGUGACUCCGAUAAGUUUAGGGACCACGUCGCCACUCACGGCUUGGAGCUGUUCCCCUGUCAAUAUUGUGAUGAUGAUUUUCAAAAUCUGGACGCCUGGACACGACAUGUUCGUUUAGAACACAAUAUGGCUAGUCUGUUUUAAACAUCAUAGUUAUAAAUCUUACACCUUGCAGCCAUAUUUAAUAUCGAUACUCUGACAAAUGCCACUCAAGUGUCAAACUGACAUUGCACUUGUCAAGUGUGCAAAAAAAAUAAAAAAUAUUGACGUUCUCUAAUGUCUAUGACCGACAGUAGAACCAUAGAUUAUAUUUCGCGCUAUUUUCAAAUAAGUGUCAAAGAAUUAUCAAUUUUAGUUUUGUACAGAAGAUGAAUUUGUUUUAGCUUGACAAUGAAGUGUUUAAUUGUUUAUUAUCAAUAAAUAAAUAUAUUUUGAAGUA